AUUUAUCUGUCAACCCGUCGUUUUUUUUUUUUGCUUCGAACGUCAACCAUCUCAUUUGAUUCUCGAUACCCAUUUUUGCCUGUUUUCUCAGCUAUUGAUCCAUAUAUCCUCCGCCCCCUCUCUUCUUACUGCCUGCAUUCCCACUUGGCCACUUCCACUCCUGAAAGAACCCCACGAUGCCUCCCCCAUCCCAACUCUCCAUCGCCACGCUGGCCGUGACUCGUCUCCUUCGCGAGGAGAUAUCCUACGAGAAGGAGCUCAUCAACGACAAAUCCAAGGUCGUCGCUCUAGAGAACGAGAUCAAAGAGGGCAAGCCUGACGAGGAUGGGAACCGGGACCACAUGCUGAAGCAGCUGAAACAAGCCGUCGCCGAAACGGAGAAGAUCUUCCCCCACGUCAGGACGCGGAUCAACGAGGCUACUGCCAAGCUCGAGGAGCAGAUCGCCCUGGCUGAGACCAACGGCGCAACCGAGGAGGAGCUUGACCUUGCCAGGUCGGCUUUGAAGAAAGGCCUGGAGGCCAAGGCCCCGGGCGUUGCGUGAGCGAGGGUCGAGCCGUGAAGAUGUGAAGAUGUGAAGAUUUAUUUUGUGGAUGAGGUUACGACUACAAUAGCGAAAAGAGGGGACAGAAAGGAGAGGGGGACGAGAAAGGCAGCGUCAACGUUAAUGUCACGUUCAGUUGCAAAAAGGGGAGCUAGAGAAAGGCCAGGAUACCGACAACCAUAAUGAAUCAACGCGACUCGUAGGUCGUCGUUAUGCCGUCUAUAAAUUCGCUGGGUAUCUGUCUCUGCAGUGUGUUGCCUGUCGGUUGGAACGAACA